AUGGAGGUCGACGAAAAGGAACCGAGCGGCAUCGAGUAUGCACGAACAUACGGUCUGUGUGUAGACUACACAACCGAGCGACUGCGAGUGGGAAAUGUAAACGUACCGUCAGACAUCGGUUUUUAUCAGGAUCUUAGGGAUCCUCCAGAAGUUUUCAUCACUAAUGCGCUGGAAGAACUGACAAAGGAACGACUUGCAAUUAACAAGGAUGCCGUGUUGUUGCUAAAGGGGGUAUACUCAUUUCAAGAACCACCUGCAACUGAUCUACUUGCGAUCGAUGGGCGAAAACAGAUCCUGGGCUUGAAACAUGAACUCCCUGUCUUGCAAUCGGACUACCAGCUCGACCUGCUAAAUUUCGGAAGCGCGGCUAUGCCCAACUUGAGAAAUCUGAGAAUUCCGUUCGAGGCCACUAACGAGGAGAGUGAUGAGAGCUUUGAAUGGCCAGCUAAGUACUUCGCAUACAUUGCACAAUGCGAAGAGAAAGUCAAAGCAGAGAAGAUUACUGUUUCAAGAGGAGCCCUUGUCUAUCUGCAGGAUGCGAUUCGCGAUGAGUAUGUCGCCGAGGAUUCUGAGACGGUCAAAGCUGAAAGCUUGAUCUACAAGCCAACUACUGCGGUUCUACCUCUCACCCCGCCUUUACUUCCGCUGUCACCUCCAUUGACACCGUACAUACCAUCGUCACCUGCGAACCGGCUACCGCGUGUCCCAGAUAGCAGCGACUCUUUUGCUAGAGAAACAAUAACGUUAGAAAAUCAGAUCAUGGCAGCAGACUCGCUAGUACGCAAGAGCUCGGAUAGUAGUGAUUCUAUGUUGCUCGACGUCACUCACCCACCACAAUUCAGUCCGCUCGUUGAGGACCAAAUGUCAUCCAACUUAAAGCACACAACCGAGGAUCUGAAGGUAGAGGGGCCGCUCACACCCUCAAUGUUCUCGUCCUCGCCUAUGAGGAAGCUGAAAUCUGUUUCGUUCUCAGAGACUUUGCUUGAAUUCAUCCCAUAUCCACCUUGGGCGGGUGACUCGAGCGAAGAUGAUAGCAACGCAAGCAUCGACUUUGAUAAACUCUUCAGAGACAUAGAGCCACUUGCCAAGCAAGCGAAGAGAAAGAUCGAGAACGAGCAGCUUUCGGGAGCAGAUACAACAGCACGAGUCGAUGUUCCGGAUCUCGACUUCACCCUACCCAUGGCUCCUUGGAAUGAGUAUAGUCUAAAGAAGGGUGAUAGACAUAAACACAGUAGCACCGAGUUAGAUGCGCAGAUGAAGUUCCUUCUGAGAUCUAAGCGCGAAGAUCUCAAAACGACGACAUCAUGGCAUGGGCUUUCUGCUUUGGAACGAGACUUGCAGUGGGGCAUUUUCACAACUAGGAUUUCAUCAGUGAAUCUUGACGAGAAAAUCCACGGUGAGACAGAACUCAACAAAAUGCUCAUUGAGCUCACGAGGUGCGAUAUUGCCACCAGCUCUGCACAGGUGUGGAAACGAGACGGUUUAAGACUGUUGGAUGACGACGAAGAUGAGGAGGAAUUGGAACUAGCAGGAAAGGAAGAGAGGAUGGAUGUUGAGGCUUUGGUUCAGAAGCGAAAGCUAGAGAUGGAUGACGAAGUUGCGGAGACCACGCGCAAGCGAUCAGCGCCUCAAGGAGUCAGAACGCCACAUUCACAAUCACCUCUAAAUGCUCGAUCAAAAACAUUCAAGUGCCAUCAGCAAAGGACGCCAGCGCCAGCGUCUCGAAAAAAAGCUAGACAAUCACCAACAGACACUGGUAAUGAGCUUAUGUUUGGUGGCUUUUCGGCAACUACGGCGCUUCAUAAGUUCAUGGAGACUCGUGGAAAGCCUCCAGAGCCUGUAUAUAAUGGGACAAGAAAACAAACUCUUACUACUCACAACUCUAUAAGGGGAACUCGGGCUAGCAGAAUCCUUUCGAGGGAGCCGCCAUCUGAUCCGCCUGUGAUCGGAGGUCAACUUGCACAAACAAAGGUACAAGUGGCGAAACCGAAGGGAGAGCAACUACUACGGCUGCUACCAGACCUUCCUACUAUUCCAGGGAGCCUUGCACCUUGUUCCUUCAUUGUCUCUUCAUCCCUCCUACAGCAGCGAAGUUUGAUGAAACAAGUUGAGCAACUGUAUCCUGGAGCUGAGUUUUUGUAUCGGGAUUACAACUUGCCGCACUCAGCAUUCAAGGAAGCGGAUAUCCUCCUUUCACCGUCUUCAGGGUUGCUCUUUACUACGCUUCAGCAAGUCAAACAGCGAGCACUACCCGGACAGCCUGACCACUCGCCUGUCAAAGAACUAAUGACUGUCCUACAACUACGGUAUGAAAGGCUAGUAGUCAUGGUCAGCGAAGGGCUCAGCCGCGAAAUGGAAGCGCUCGGCUCCAGUCGUCCAGAUGACCCGCGUGAUAAGGACGCAAUGCUAACCUUCGAAUCAUUUGCUUCUCAACUAGAAGGGGAAGUGCUCGUCAAGUAUGUUCACGGAGGCGAGCAAGCUUUCGCUCAUUCUAUUGUCGUGGAGAUGGCGAACUAUGGUCUACCACAUGGUUCAGUGGACAUCGGCGACAUCAAACCCCUGGCAGUUGAAACAAGCUGGGAAGUCUUCCUCCGCCGGGUCGGCCUCAACCCUUUUGCCGCCCAAGUACUCGUCGCCUCACUCAAGCAACCAUUUGACGUGCAGCUUCCUACAUCCUCCGGUUUUCUUUCGUCCUCCAAAUAUCCUAGGGCUGUCUCCGUAUCUGGUAUGCCAGCUUUCUUGAUGAUGGACGAGGAAGAGAGGGUCAAGUACUUCCAGGCCCUUAUGGGUGGAAGCCGAAUACUGAGAAGGGUGAGUAUGGUGUUGGACCAGGAGUGGGUGAGCGCGGCGCAUGGAUUCAGGAUGUAA